CGCGCACUCUUGUCUUGUACCUUUUCACUUCUUCUCGCUCCUGGAAGAGGCACGUGGAUGUGACUUGCUGCGCUUUUGAUCUACAUCUAGAAAGACUUAGAACUCCUUUCCCCUCCUCCAGGUGGUGUUCACUUGUGGUUCCUGUGCGCUGCCCGGUGCCGGUCCAACAGAAAUGAGCAGUCCCGAUGCGGGUUACGCCAGCGACGAUCAGACCCAGGCAAGGUGUGCGAUGUCAGUCAUGAUGCCUGGAAUGGGACACUGCCAGUGGGCCGACCCUCUCAGUCCUCUCGGGGACGCAAAGGUGGUGAAAAGUGAGCCGUCUGGAUCGGGCAGCCAGAGCCGCGGAAAGAGCGAACCGCGGAUCCGCCGACCCAUGAACGCGUUCAUGGUGUGGGCGAAGGAUGAGCGCAAGAGGCUGGCGCAGCAGAACCCGGACCUGCACAACGCAGAGCUCAGCAAAAUGCUGGGGAAAUCAUGGAAAGCUCUUCCUGUCACAGAAAAGCAGCCCUUUGUGGAGGAGGCCGAGCGACUGCGGGUCCAACACAUGCAGGAUCACCCCAACUACAAGUACCGGCCCCGGAGGAAACCAGGGAAGAGGAUCAAGAGGCUUAACUCUGGUUUUCUGGUCCAUAGCGACCACCAGGCCCAGCCGAUGCCCGGGGACAGCCGGGUCUGCGUGGAGAGUCUGGGUCUUGGUUUCCAUGAGCACGGCGGCUUCCAGGUUCCCCCACAGCAACUGGGCCACUACAGGGAUGCUCAGGCUCUCGGGGGCCCUUCGUAUGAAACCUACAGCCUCCCCACCCCUGACACAUCUCCUCUGGACGCCGUAGACUCUGACUCUAUGUUCUUCACCCCUCACUCCCAGGAGGAUUGUCACAUGAUGCCUGCAUACCCUUACCACACUCAGGUGGCUGAUUUCCAACCUCAUGAAGCCCUCUCCAACCACCACAGUAAUCCCAUCAUGCACCGGCACCCAGCCUCCGCUCCAGAACAGCCUCCUCCCUCCUACAUGGGAUGCCCCAACCCUUUAGCCAUGUACUACACCCAACACUGCAACUCCAGCCACCCCAAACGGCACCCUGGUGGGGCAGGACAGCUAUCCCCACCUCCUGACUCCCACUCCCACUCAGCAGACAGCAUGGAGCAGAUGCACCCCUCCGAGCUGCUGGCUGAGGUGGACCGCAGCGAGUUUGAGCAGUACCUCAGCUCCUCCUCGGCACGUGUGGACAUGACAGGUUUGCCGUACGGGCCUCACGAGAUCAGCAUGAGCGGACCUGAGAGCCUGAUCUCCUCUGUGCUGUCGGACGCCAGCACAGCCGUGUAUUACUGCAGCUACAACAGCUCCUAACCUCUCGCCUGCUGCAAGGACUCAUGAUCUAACCUCAAACCACUCAAGCUAAACAUGAACAAAACGUUUUGUUUUUAUUUUUCACUCUUGGACAGAGAAGACUCCUGAGAUUUUCUAAGCAGUGAAGACUUUGUUCUGUACCUAAAAUAAAAAAGCUGUAAUGUUUUUAUAUUAUUUUUCUUAACACUGGUUUUUAAUUGCAGGGAUGUGAGUCUGUUUUGUGUUUUCAUUUGUAUUUUUAUGUCACUAUUUUGCAUUUGUAUGUAAAUACUGAAUUUUUUAUACUUUUGCACUUUUGAGAAAUAAAUAUUUGCUAAUGAGA